UACAAAACUUUUAGCUCCCGUGUGCCAUGCUAGGCCUGAGAGAAACUGCAGGCCAAAUAUCAUUUAAAAAACAAAUAAAAAAACAAAAGGGAAAAAAAGAAAACCCAAAUUCGAAAUCGCUGUAAUUGUAAUAGAUUAAUUAUGUUAGUGAUGUGAGAUUGGUAUGGAAUCUACACUCUUCAAAAAAGUUGGUGUCUUUUCCCUCUCAGAGUAUCGUUUCAAUUUUGCGCCAUUUGCGAUCUGCUUGUGGAAUUCUUCUUCAUAGUCUGUGCUAGUAGAUUUGUAGUGGUUGAUUAUGGCAGACACAGGCUCAGUUGAUGUAAUUCUGGACUUUUUAAAGAGAAAUCGCUUCACUAGAGCUGAGGCAGCAUUGCGCAGUGAGCUUAGUAAUCGCCCUGAUUUGAAUGGAUUUCUUAGCAAACUUACCCUUGAAGACAAAGAUUCAGGAAAUAUAUUGGAAGAAGAGAAUGGGAGCAAACCAAGAAGUGAUAACCGAGGGCUUUAUUCUCGAAAUAGCUGCGAAGUUUCUAAUGAACUUAUUGUUAAAGAAAUAGAGUGUGGGACAGGCAGAAAUGGUUCUGAAAGCAAAUGGAGAAACUCUGCCUUGGUUGGAGAUUGGAGUGGUAAGCCCAAUGAAGCAGUGGCUGCAAAUGACUCUGAGGAUAAUUUGCUUGAUUUAUACUCAUGGAACUUUAAUUCCCGUAAUGGUCAUUCUUCAGAUCCUUACAGAAAUGAUGGUGGUACUGGUAAUGGUACUGAUAGCUUCUCAUGUAGAUCAACUGCAAAAUCUGGAGAAGAGGCUAUCUUUUCAAGUGAACAGAGAAGUUUGUGGCUUGGAGGUACUAGUACUGCUAAAAUUGAAUCCAAGCAUGAAAGAAUUCAAACAAGUGAAGCAAUAGAACUUGAUCAGCAACUUAAGACUACUAUUACAUACUCUGCAGAUAACACAUGGUCUAGAAGUGAGGGACCCACUAGCUCUGCAGCACCAUGGAAAGAUUGUUCUGUCAAAACUAUUUUUCCAUUUCCCAAGGGGGAUGUGUCAACCAGUUAUGAUACUGGUUCUGGUUUGGAUAAACGAGAAGGAAAGAAAAAAACUGACAUGGGUGAUGUUAGGGUGGCAAUCAAAGAGCAGGUGGAUGAAGUUGGAAGAGCAUUAUAUUUUGGAAAAUCUCAAGGGAAUCUGGAGCAAAAGAAUUCAGCCGGCUUGAGUUUUUCUCUUGCAUCUGAUAAUCCAAAGGAAGAAUUUCCAAGGCUUCCACCUGUUAAACUCAAGUCAGAGGACAAGCCACUGAAUGUCAAUUGGCAGGAAAAGUUUGAGCGUGAUGGGCCAGGUGGAAAGCACAGCAGUGCUGAUAAUACUUUCCUUAUUGGGUCGUAUCUUGAUGUUCCUAUUGGACAAGAAAUCAACUCUUCAGGUGGAAAAAGGGUUGCAGGAGGCAGCUGGUUAUCUGUGAGUCAAGGAAUUGCUGAGGAUACAUCUGAUUUAGUUUCUGGUUUUGCUACCAUUGGUGAUGGAUUAAGUGAAUCCAUUGACUAUCCAAAUGAAUAUUGGGAUUCUGACGAGUAUGAUGACGAUGAUGAUGUUGGAUACAUGAGACAGCCGAUUGAGGAUGAGGCCUGGUUUUUGGCCCAUGAAAUUGACUACCCAAGUGACAAUGAAAAGGGAACAGUGCAUGGGAGUGUGCCGGAUCCUCAAGAAAGAGGUCCUACCAAAGAUGAGGAUGAUGAUCAAUCUUUUGCCGAGGAGGACUCUUACUUCUCUGGUGAGCAGUAUUUUCAAUCAAAGGCUGUCGAACCAAUUACAGCUUCAGAGGAUCCUAUAGGACUGUCAGUGACUGAAAUGUACAGGAGGUCUGAUGAAAAUGAUUUAAUAGCUCAAUAUGAUGGGCAAUUAAUGGAUGAAGAAGAACUAAAUUUGAUGCGUUCCGAACCUGUCUGGCAGGGAUUUGUUACACAGACAAAUGAGCUCAUCAUGCUAGGGGAUGGGAAGGCCUUGAAUGACUCUGGAAGACCACGGCUGGAUGAUAUCUGUGUUGAUGAUGAUCAGCAUGGUUCGGUUAGAUCAAUCGGCGUGGGUAUCAACAGUGAUGCUGCUGAUUUUGGCAGUGAAAUUCGUGAAAGUUUGGUUGGGGGUAGUAGUGAAGGGGAUAUAGAGUACUUUCACGAGCAUGAUGUUGGAAUUGGUGGGUCGAGACCCUCUCUCCAAGAAACAGACAAAAAAUAUGUUGAUAGACAAAACAGAGAUAAAAAAAGAAUUAGUAAACAGGAUCCCAAUAUAUAUGUGGCUGUGAAUGAUAAAGUUGCAUCUUCCCUAGUAAAAGAUAAUAGAGAUGGGGGAUUUUCAUUUCCUCCACCUUUGAGGGAUGGGCAGUUGGUGCCUGCAGGAUCUAGUAAAUCUUUAUGGUCAAACAAUACUAAAACAAUUAUUGGUCUUGAGACAGAUGGCCGGAUGAAUGCUUCAGUGGGGACUGAUGGCAUGCUGGCUGCAUGGAGGCAGAAAAGCAGUGAUUCUUCAACUGUCAAAAGUUCUAGGGAUGAGAAUAAUGCCAAUGCUGUUAGAUCAGGAGCUUCUUCUCCCUCUACACUCUCAAAUUACUGUUAUGCGGAACAAGAGCAUGCAAAAAAAGAAGAGAAUGAGAAAAUUGGCAGCGCAAGGGAAGAAGAUCCUGGGGCGUCACUAGAGGAUGAAGAGGCAGCUGCUGUUCAAGAGCAAGUAAGGCAAAUCAAGGCUCAGGAGGAGGAAUUUGAAACUUUCAACCUAAAGAUUGUGCAUAGGAAAAACAGAACUGGCUUUGAGGAGGACAAGAACUUCCAUGUUGUUUUGAAUUCUGUAAUAGCUGGGCGCUAUCAUGUCACCGAGUAUCUUGGAUCAGCUGCUUUUAGUAAAGCUAUACAAGCACAUGACCUGCAUACAGGAAUGGAUGUCUGCGUUAAAAUCAUAAAAAACAACAAGGAUUUCUUUGAUCAGAGUCUUGAUGAGAUAAAGCUUCUAAAGUAUGUAAACAAGCAUGAUCCUGCUGACAAGUACCACAUCCUCAGAUUGUAUGAUUACUUCUAUUAUCGAGAGCAUUUAUUGAUUGUAUGUGAGCUUCUCAAGGCAAAUUUAUAUGAGUUCCAUAAGUUCAAUAGAGAAUCAGGAGGAGAGGUCUAUUUCACAAUGCCAAGAUUGCAGUCAAUUACCAUUCAAUGUUUGGAGGCACUUCAGUUUUUGCAUGGACUUGGACUUAUACACUGUGAUUUAAAGCCUGAGAAUAUAUUGGUGAAAAGCUACAGUAGAUGUGAGGUGAAAGUCAUUGACCUUGGGAGUAGCUGUUUCGAGACAGAUCAUCUAUGCUCUUAUGUUCAAUCCAGAUCCUAUCGUGCACCAGAGGUUAUCUUGGGACUUCCAUAUGAUAAGAAGAUAGAUAUUUGGUCUCUUGGCUGCAUCUUGGCAGAACUUUGUACAGGCAAUGUACUCUUCCAAAAUGAUUCACCAGCAACAUUACUGGCACGAGUUAUUGGAAUUAUAGGUCCGAUUGAUCAAGUUAUGCUAGCUAAAGGACGAGAUACCUACAAGUAUUUUACCAAGAAUCACAUGGUUUAUGAGCGGAAUCAGGACACCAAUAGACUGGAAUACUUAAUACCGAAAAAGACAUCCUUGAGGCACCGAUUGCCAAUGGGAGAUCAAGGUUUCAUAGACUUUGUUGCUCAUUUGCUUGAAGUAAACCCAAAGAAGCGCCCAUCUGCAUUGGAGGCUCUGAAGCACCCAUGGCUGUCGUACCCUUAUGAACCAAUAUCAGCUUGAAUAUUGAGGAUUGCGGAUCCCACAUGCUGCAGGUGCCUCAUGCUUAGUUUAGGUGUCUUGUUGGAAGAAAGGAGCAACUGAUACUGGUAAUCUAUUUAAAUCGAUCUUAAUGUUUUUGCUCCCUGACGGACCUGCAUGCAUUGAAAAUGUGUUUGGUUGUGGGUGAAUCUAUUUCUUUUUCUGCUUCUGUUACCAAGUUGUAUUUUAAAUUGCCGUAAUCAAGAAUGUAAUUUUGCACGCACUCAUAGGGGUUUUCUUUCUCCGCCUUGUUUUAUCUGGUCAAAGGGGAAUCUUAAGCCUUGUUGUACAUGGAAGUGUGCCUUUUGUUUUAGGUUUAGUAGUAGCAUGUGGAUAUAGCUGAUUGUCCAAUAUUUUUAAUGCUUGGCUGGCUCAGUCUCCAGAAAAUUUAUUGCACCCCACAUCUUCGGAGGGAGCAAUGCAAGGUAAGAAAGCUUUGGUUCAUUUGACUACCAACUGGGUUUAGCAAAUAUCUAAAACUAUUGAUUAGUCAUUUGGUAGUGUUCCCCUAGCACUGUCGCAGUAACGGUUGAAAUCUCAGAAUGUUUUAGGCCUUUUUUGUCUCUGUAUUUUUCAUCUAUUGGCACGAGAUGUUGAAUGCAAAUGAAAAACAUAUUUUUGGCUUGUUCA